CCCAUUCACUCAAUCAUCUUGUCCAUUCUCUACACUCGUCACCAUGUCUGGAAAGUUCGAGCCAAAGACCCCCGUGAACUUGGAUCCCCCCAAGGACGACCCUAUCUCUCCGGAGGAGCUUGCUGCAGCUGACGGUAGAGAUGGAGGCAAGUGCUACGUGGCCAUCAAGGGCAAGGUCUACGAUGUCACGGGCAACAAGGCCUACCAACCAGGAGGAUCAUACAACGUCUUUGCUGGCAAGGACGCCUCGAGGGCGCUGGGAAAGACCUCGACCAAGCCCGAGGACGCGCGGGCAGACUGGCAGGAUCUGGAUGAUAAGGAAAAGGGCGUCCUCAACGACUGGGUCACGUUCUUCUCCAAGCGGUACAACGUCGUCGGCGUCGUGGAGGGUGCCACAAACAUGGAUUGACUAGCCGAGUUGCCUCCGAGCGUCCAAGUCAAGCUGUAGAUUUUCCCAAACUUGAGCCCGACCCCCCUUCCUUUUGGUGCCUCGUGUGCAGUGCAGUCACCUAGCUCGUCUGAUUUAUUUCUCCGCUGCUGUGAGCCUUGUGGAGUGUGAGGCCACCUGGAGCAUAUUCGAUCUCGUUGUUGCUCGCCGUGUGGUGGCCAGGGGAUAUAUGAGCUGACGGAAAGUUACAAUGCUUGUUUUAGUAUGGAUCUAUCAACUUGUACUAUUGCUUUUUUA